GAUGGCACUGUAUAAUGGGAAACAGAGCAAUUCCUCUUUGCCGGAUGAAAGGCAAUUAGAGAAGCUUUUGAAUGGGACGCAUAUUUUAUUUCGUCCUCCCAUAAAACAGAACAAUGGAGAUGAGACAUCAACAAUCAAGUCCAAGUCUGAAACAAGUAUACCAGGUCUGCAAGGUCUAAAUGGCAUACAAAGUGCAAAGGCUAAUGUUCGACGAAGGUUGACAGCAGUAAAUCUGGGGAACGAGAGUACAAUGGAGGUCCAGUUAAAAAAGCAGAGUUUUCAUCGCUUUAGAAAAAUUUUGCCAGAGAAACUGCCACUUUUGUCUUCCUUGCUUAAUGAAAUUUCUGAGGCAAAUAAGGGAAAUCUUACUGAAAUGUUUAUUAACCAACAUUUUGCACAAGUACGUGACAGCAGAGACAGCGUUAUGUCAUGUAGUAAAGAUUUUUGGGAGACGCCUCAAAAUUACAGAAGUUCAACGCAUAAUUCAUCUGAGGUACAGCAAUCCGAAACUGAAAUCAGUUUAAUGCCAUUUUAUUGUCAACCAGAUGAUAAACCAGAACAAAGAGACAAUCAAAGGCAUCCCAGUUUAAAUCAUUUUGAUAAUUCAAGCCUUCUGAAUGGAACUGCAAUCAAUGACAGUGAGUUACACAGUCAUUUUUCUGGUAGGUCAUAUGAUAUGCACAAAAGCAGUAACACAACUAUCAUAGCAAAAAAUAAGAAAACUCUGAGUGAUACAUUCAGUGAAAGUAGUGAAGCCAUACUGUGUGCCAGUGAGGGAAAACUAAAGUUAUCUUCACUUAUGCUACCUUUAAAUUAUGGUAGAAACACAGCUUCUAAAUUAGGCAAUGUAAGCAACAGUGACAAUGAUGUAGAGCAUUCAUCUGCCUUUGUUACUCCAAUGAACUGUACGGGAGAAAAUGCAAAAAAUUGUGAUGAAUACUUAAACAUGCCUGAAACUUUGCAAUGUUACCUUUCUCCAGCUCUUGGUGAUUCUGAGGGAGAAUGGCCAGGAAAUAAACCCAAAGCAGGUUUUAUUGCAGGCAAUGACAUAGCAGCACCCAGACAAAGUCAUUAUGAGCUCAAUAAUUUGAUCCCUGUAGUGCAUAUUACUUUUUCCGAGCAGGAGCAUCUUAGAAAACCACUAACUUCCACAGAAGCUAAAAUGAAAAACUAUGACAAUGAUUUGGUUUGUAACUUCGACCACAGCUUUAAUAUUUUUGCCAAAAAAAGACCUCCUGGAAUUGCAAAGAAAACAAGACCUAAAAGUAAAUCAGCAAUGACCCUAAAACGUCACAAGGUUUCACAAGGAGUUUGUCUUUCUACAGAGAUUAGUGCAACACAGAACACAAAAUCACAAGCAGUCAGUAUCAAGGACAGUUCCAAACAUUCAGUUUUGCCUUUACUAACAAGCCACAAUGCAGUGAAAAAGUUGCCAGAAAAGAAACCUUCAGGAGAAACAAAACCAUCCACCAAAAAUAAUGAAAAAAAUAAAAAACAAGGGCUACUUGCAGUCCACAGAGAUGAAAUCAACCAUAGCAAGCUAAAAUCUCCGACUUCUGCUGAGACAGUGCAGUCUAAUUCUGAUUUCCUUAAUCUGAGUCACUGUGACAUGUUUGAAAAAUUUACCUCUGAAAAGAAAGGCCCAGAAAUUUGUGAAAUGUUUACCACAUCACCAUAUAUACAGCCUCGGGAACCUGUUUUACAUGAGCAUAAGUCACCUAGGGAUACUGGUUCUGCUCCACCUCUAAGAAGUCUGCCAAAGAGAACUCAAAAGUCUAGUAAUAAGCUUGUCAGGAACAAUAGUAAUGAGCUUGUCGGGAACAAAAUAAAACGUCCAAAAUCUCAGACAAGUGCUAAAGGAAAGAAAACCCCAGGAAAUAUCAGAAGUACACUUCACAAACACACAAAACAUGACUUAUUGGACUGUGAAAAUCGAAACAAUAUAGCAAUAAUUUCUGGACCAGAUUGGUACAUAAAAACUCCUAAGACUGAAAUUGUGUUUAAUGAAAUGGAAAGUAGAAAAAAUAAUUCACUUGGGUUAUUUGAUGAACGCCAAUCAAUGAGAUUGCAAGAGUUUAAUAAUAACAACUGGGAUUUAUCAGUGAUCAGGGAAGCCACAAUAGAAGAGAGUUCAGCCAGUAUAAGAAACUUGAAAGAAACAAGAAAAAAUAGGGAAAUCAAUUAUGAGCCAAUUAGCUCUUUAAGCUACAGUCAGCAUCUAAACCCCUCAAGUGAAGGUCUCAUGAGAAAUAUAGCAGAGGACCAUCACUUUCCCCAAAGUCUUUUCAAUCAAAGUAAAGAGAAAAAUACUCAAAUAUAUAUUGACCACUUAAUGGAUUGUGUUCCAUGUCAAAAUUCAGGUGCAAUUCCUCAAGUCAGUAAAAGUGAGAAAGAGGAUGAAAUUCACCUUUCUUCUAAUAAAAAAUGCCAAGAGGACAAUACCUCGGCUAAUCUUUCAAUAACAUUAAAAUUAAAUACAUGGAUUUCAGGAAAGGAAGACUCAGUUUCUCAGGACAAUGAAAAGACUCCCGAAUAUAUCAGUCAAUGUGUGGGGACAGAUAACUUGUUAAAUUGCCUAGCAGAUGAAUUAAAUUUACUGGAUGAAAAUGAUAGUAUGGCAUUGUCCAGUUUGCUUGAAGAGCACCAAAAUUCAUCCUUCAAAGAGAAUAUGCUUGGUACACGACGUGCCCACAAUGCAGAUAAGCAAUGCAAGUGUGAAGAAAAGGAACAUAAUACAAAACAGAUUUGUAAAAGCCCUGUGAGACAUGCUGGCAGUGUAACUGAUGUGGAAAACGGCCUUGACACCGAAGAUUAUGUUUCUUGGAUUAAAGAAAAUAACAUACUUGGCAAAGGUGCCUAUGGAACAGUAUACUGCGGACUAACCAAUCAUGGGGAGUUAAUUGCUGUAAAACAGGUCCCAUUAGACAUGUCUGAUCAAGCUACUGCAGAAAAAGAAUACAAAAAACUACAAGAAGAAGUAGAUCUACUGAAGACUUUGAAACAUGAAAACAUAGUGCACUUCUUAGGAACAUCCUUAGAAAGCAAUAUUAUCAGCAUUUUCAUGGAAUACAUUCCAGGGGGAUCAAUAGCAAACUUAAUUAACAGAUUUGGACCUUUAAAAGAAAAGGUCUUCUGUGAAUAUACCAAGCAGAUUCUUAAGGGUGUAAAAUAUUUACAUGAUAACAAUGUAGUGCACAGAGACAUUAAAGGAAAUAAUAUAAUGGUCAUGCCUCCUGAUACCUUAAAACUAAUUGAUUUUGGAUGUGCAAAGCGGCUACUGUGUACAAGUAAAACAGAGGCGGAGAUGGGCAUUCUGAAAUCAAUGCAUGGGACCCCAUACUGGAUGGCACCAGAAGUGAUUAAUGGAACUGGCCAUGGGAGAAAAUCAGACAUCUGGAGUAUAGGCUGUACAGUAUUUGAGAUGGCAACUGGAAAACCACCACUGGCACACAUGAACAGGAUGGCAGCUAUGUUCCAUAUUGGAAGUCAUAAAGAUUUAAUGCCUUCCUUACCUGACCAUUGUUCUGAGCAUGCAAGAGAUUUUGUGCAAUUGUGUUUAACCAGUGACCAGCGUGAGAGACCUUCUGCAAAGCAACUGCUGCAACAUCAUUUUAUAUUACAACAGAGAAAUGCAGCAUUCAGAAGAUGAUGCCAAGUGCUAUAGAACUUUUUCUGAGGAUAACAUCAAAAAGACAGAAAAUGCACCAUUGUUCAAAUGUUGAUAAUUUGUGUCUAUCAGUUAUGAUAGGAGAUUAAGUCACCCAAGGAAGAUUAUCACCAUUGAGGUCCUUCUCUGAAGUAGCUCCACUUGCUGAAAUUGAAAUUUUUUUUUCUCUUUCGUUUUUUUAAUUUUCAGGUUUCCCAAUCAGCUCUCUCUCCUUAAGCUUCUCCAUCAACAUCCCUGUUACCUGUCUGGCUUAGCUGUCACACAGCAGGUCCCUGCAAGAGGGGAAAAAUUGUGCAAGGUUCUGGGUAAUGGGCAGAGAGACAACCACUGUAAUCUGGUACAGAACUAUCCCGACAGCCAAGAAGAGUUUUUGUUAUGCCCCCACCCAAUAUGCAAAUAUCAUGUACAAUCACACUGGAGGACUAAAGUCACUACUGUCCAGGGAAAACUUGGAGCCCUGUAUACAAAACACCAACCUUCCUUCUUUGAGGAUAAUACAGCCACCAAAUACCAGUUACUGAAUCUCUCUCACAUUUUCUGAUUCCCCAGGUGCCAAGUUACUUGGCUCACACUCAGGGAUCCUGCCCCUGGUGUUAAACAAUUUUUCUUUUUCCAAAACAAACACAUUGCACUGAGAUUGAUGGUUCCAGACUUCUGCUGAUGAGCGGUGAGAGGCACUCUGAAUGUACAUUCAAUUACAUGUACAUAUCAGUGAUAUCAAGCACUGACACAGUCUAAAUUUGUUUAGUAAAUUACCUAGCUGUAAAAAUAUUAAAUUAACUGUAAUAUUUUCUGCAAGGCAGAAAUGCAUGUUAACAUCAGUUUUUAUUUUUUAAUAUAAAAUACUAAGUCUAUGCGAACCAAACUACAUUUGUUCUAUGGAUAAUUUCUUGCAAAGUUUGCUGCAUGCAGAGCUGCAUUAAUUCCCUAGGUUACACCAAUUCAACUGAAGCAUUAAUUUCUUUAAAAGCUGCAGUACAAAUACUUGCACUAACAUACAGGACUAAACUUGUUGCCUACUGAGACUCUAAAUAACUGACAAUGCAUUCCUUUACAAUUCA